GUCAGUUGUGUUCUGGUCUGUUCUGGUCGCGUUGUUAGAUUGUUUCUACUUUGAAUGAACUCAAGCAACUAACAAAAUUUUUUAUUUGUUUGAAUAAAUUUUUGAAUUUUAUAAUUUUUGCAUAGAGGAAGAUUGCUAACGUUAACAAUGCCAACAAUCAGAGUUGGAGAAGGUUUCACUGUCAACCAAAUCUUGAACAGUGAUGGAUUUACAUUAGACACAAGUGAUUUUCCUGAUUUACUUGAUGAGGAUGAACAGUACAAUCAUAAAAAAACUGUUGAGCUUAGCAAUCAGGAAAUUCAAAGACUUUUGAAUUUGGAAGAUGAGAAUGACAGCGAAGAGAAUGUUACUGCUGAAAAUACUCCAUUCAUUGGAAUUGGGUUUGAUACUCUCAAACCCAAAAUGUUUAGUAUCUUUGGCAAUAGAGAGGUUCUAAAGUUGAUCAAGAAAGAAGGCACUGGAGAAGUCAUUCCACAUGAUGCACAAGUGACAGUUGAAUAUGUUGGUUACUUUGAAUAUCAAGAUGAACCCUUCGACUCUACUUUGUUCCAACGUGAAAAGCGAGCAACACUUCGCUUGGGUAAAGGUGAAAUGAUAAAAGGCCUGGAAAUAGCCAUUGCUUCCAUGAAGAAGUUUGAGAAAUCUGUGUUUAUUAUUCAACCAAACUUAGCUUAUGGGGCACUUGGAUGUCCACCACGUAUCCCUGCAGACUCUGAAGUUUUAUUUAAAGUAGAGCUCAUUGAUUUUCUUGAUAAUGGCUCUGCUGACAAAUAUGAAGAAUUGACCAAUGAAGAGAAAAGAAUGUUUCCUCGUAUUGAGAAAAUUGUACGUGAUUUGUUGAACACUGCUAGAGACAGUUAUGGUAGAGAAAAAAUAAAGCAAGCUGUUAGAGAAUACAACAGAGCUGUUCAUUGUCUAGACACUGCAAGUUUAGAAAAUGAUGAACAAGAAAUGAACAUGAACAAGUUAUUAUCAAGAGCUUUGUCAAAUUUGAUCAUAUGUUACAAUCACAUUGGAAAACCAAAACUUGCAUGUGCCUCAUUUGAUAGACUACCAAGCAAAUCUGCAAAAAAUUAUUAUCAUUAUGGAAAGGCUUUGAAACAACUAGGAGAGUACGAUAAAGCUAUGAAGGCUUUACAAAAGGCCAAUAAUAUGUCACCAAAUAAUGAGCCCAUUCACAGAGAAAUCCUUGAAGUUAAUAAGAUUAGAAAGGAUUACCAGGAAAAAGCAAAGCAAUUUGCUCAAAAGUCUAUGAAGUUCAAAGAUGAUAAACCGGAUGAAUUUGAACAAUUUGCCAAAGAAAUAUGUGAAGACUUCAAAAAUAAGAAAGACAUAUUAAAAGAAGAACUUCCAUUUGGUCUUAUACCUGAAGAAAUGGACUGUAUCAGACGAGUAUCUGCUUCUUAUGGUUUUUCGAUUACAAAGCAUGAAAGAUAUGGUGUUGAAAAAAAUUAUCUGACGAAGAAAGCUUAUUAUUCCAGAGAUCUUAUAUAAUUUAUUUUUUUUACAUGUUUUCAUAUUCUAAAUUUUAGAUUUAAUGAUAUAAAUUUUUGUGAGAAAUUUCUAUAAUAUCUAUAGAUGAAAAUUUUUGAGUAGUAUAAUAGUAAGUUUUUUUUUCUGAAAAAUAUAACAUUAGUUUAAUUCGAUUUUCAAAUAUUUAACAGAAAGAAUCUUGAUAGAUUGAGAGUUAGUAGAAUCUAAGAAUUCAUCGUUUUUUCUUCAUAAAAAAAGAUGGUGCUACACUAAAAUUGAGGCUAGAGAAAAAUAUAUAAAAAUGCUUAGGCUUUUUAUAGGAUCAACACCUAAAAUUACAAUUUAAAUGGUAUUUUGUUCCUAUUAUGUAUUAUUUAAAUUAGAUCAAUAGAUCAAACCUAUUUUCCUACGAAAGUCUGUUAAAAAUACUUGAGUAACUGUUUUUUUAAUUACACGAAAUAGUUUUCGAAACUAGACAGACACACAUGUUUUUGAAAUUUGUGUUUUAAGAUUUUAAUCUAGUUUUGUUCUGUUUUUUUUAACAAAUGACACUGUUUUCAAACUGAUAGGAACUACUUCUUAUCUUUUCCAAGAUGUCGAUACAAUUUCUUCCACAAUAUAUACAAUAUACAAUGUAUAUUGAAAUAUGAUGCUCUUUUGAGUUUAGCAUUUUUUAUUUUUUUUGUAAAUUGAAUUAAGGUCAUUUAUAUCCAACUGCACGAAUAAAAAAAAAUAAAAAGAUUUCAGAGUAAAAGAUUGAUAUAGUCACAAUAUUUUUACUCUCUACUAAAACGGUUAAUAUAAAAACGAAUAAAAUAAAUAUAUAAAACAUGAAAGAUACAGCAAAUUGAAAACAGUGAAAAUUUUCUAAAACUUACGCAAAAUCUAAUUUAUGUGCUGAUUAAUAUCUCUGUAAAGUUUAUGAGAUCGAUUGACCGUCCAGUUUUCGAGUUAUCCUCAAUUCAAAAUUCAUAUUAAUAUUUUAACAUAUAGGAGUUCUAUGUGUCUGAUAGUAUCAGCACCCCAGAAAAAUGUAUCGAAAAUUCUAUUUAUGAAUAUAACAGUGUCAUUUUCUCAAAAAAACUGAGCAAAUCGAAAUUGAAUUCUGAAAAAUCAAAUGAUAUCUUCAUAAUGACAAGUUACGGUUUAGUUUUAGAAACAUAUCGUAUAAACAAUUUUUCGUUGACAAUUUUGUUACAGUAAGCAUUUAUACUAUUAGUUUUAAACAUUUCUAAUUUUAUUGCUGUUGUAUAUUCUUCAUUUUUUAUUUGAAUUAUGGUAGUAACAAUCUUUUUUUUCAUUUUUUUAUUAUGUAAGUGUCUAUCUUCAUUGGUGUAAUCUUGAACACAAAUCUCUGCAUUCGUAAGAAUACGUAUAAGUUACUAAAAAAAUAUAGUCAUAUUUUAUAAUUCUUAUUACAAACAAUUACUAUAUUGAUUGGAAUAAUUGCUCCUAAGAUUCUGAAAUUUGAAACAAGUUAAUACGCAUAUUUUCCCAUUUCAAGUUCUCUUUUACAGUCCAAAUAGUAAUAAAUCAAAUUGGUUGAAAUAAAAAUCUUGACUAAUUAAUUUUCAACUGUAAAAGCUAACUUAGAAUUAGAAAAAAGUGUACUUAACGUAGUCAAAAGGAUUUCGACGCUAUUGCUCAAUUUCUUUAAGUUCGCUCAAAUUUAUGCUUUUCACAUAUUCUUUUGAAAAAUACCGCACAUAACGUGUUUGGGAAUUUUCGUCUCAAAUGCCUUUACACCCUCGCUUUGCUCGAUCGUAAGCCUUACACGAGACAAGAAUCUACUAGUUAGUUAAUGUGCUAUUCCAGUGGUAACGCUGCCAUUAAUAGUACAUUACAAUACAAGUGCGAGAAACUCUUUCCCGAACAUAUGCCGUACCGUAUUUUUUUAUACGACGUGUGGAAAGUGUGAUUUUCAAGGCAUGUUUUCUGCCAAGCGUGCGGGAAAGAUGCACUUUGAGCACGAAGUAUCGAAAUAGUACAUUACGAUACAAGUGCGGGAAAGUAGAUCCUUCUCUCGCGUGGCGUUUACACCCGAGUGAAGCGAGGGUGGAAAAGUACACGAAACGAGAGACUCUUUCCCGAACAUGUGCCGUACCGUAUUUUUUUAUACGACGUGUGGAAAGUGUGAUUUUCAACGCACGUUUUGUGCUGAGCGUGCGGGAAAGGCGCACUUUGCGCACAGAGUAUCGAAAAGUAGAUUUCAACGUACCGUUGAAACGUUUUUGGUUUGACCGAAAAUGUGCGUCCAAACAGUUAAAUCUUCCAUGUGUUGUUUUGAAAUGUACUAUUACCACAAUCUCAAUUAUUGGAUUUUAAUACGAAAAUUAUUUUGUUUAAUAAUUAAUGACAAUAGUCGUAGCUGUUUAGUGAUAUCUUUAAAGCUUUAACCACCAAAAUAUAAUGUUUCUUUUUCAAUCCUACCACUAAGUCAUACCUUUGAAGCUUUUUUUCUAUUCUUGGAUGAAAAAUAUAGUUCUUAUCUUGUCCGGGAAUGCCUUUUUACGAAACUUACUAUCGGUUUUUGCCUUCUAUUGAGCUCACUAUUCUUUUUGUACAUACCUGACAAGAAAUAUACUAUUUUUUUCUUCACUUUAACCUUAAAACCUCAGCUGAAUUGUUAUUUAGCGACUAUCGUGAUGAAAAACAGUGCCUACAAUAGUAACUAGCAGAUCAAAUGUUUAAAACAUAAAAUAAAAUAUUUUUAAACAUUUAGAAACAGCGACUUUUUUGUAGUUGGAAUAUAAAAAAUGAAUAAAUUAUUUCAGUGCCAAAUGUGCAUUUGUACGCACUCAUAUAGAAACGUAUUUGUUGGUCUGACUAAUACGGAUAAGUACCAAAUGCGCAUCUCUACAUAGUUUAAAAGGAACGCACUCCUUGAAAAGCACUAAUAAACACAUUGCUAAAGUAGUAUGAUAAAUCUCUCACUUAAUUUGUAAAACUGAAAUUGUCUAGAUAAAUUAUGUGAUUUAACUUAUAAGCCUAUUUUUAAAAAAGACCUAUAUUAUCUUUAUAUGAUAAUAUCUUUUAUUAUCAAAAAUCAAGCGAGUCCGUUCCAAUAUACUUAUAAAACUAGCGGGAUAAAGUGGUUUCUCGU